UCUGACUUUGUCAGUCACUUGAACGAGAGCACUGCCAUACACAGAACACCACAGAGAUGAACUACCAAGGAUACCGAGAGCUGCUCGUGGAGAAGCAGGACAAAAUUCUGAUAGUCAAGUUCAACAAUCCCAAAAAGAAGAAUUGCCUGAGUCCCGUGGCCUACAAGGAGCUGGCCCGCGUCCUGGGCGAAGUAAACAAUGAUGCCGAUGUGACAAUAGUUGUGUUGACCGGGGUGGGCGACUUCUUCACGGCUGGGAAAGAUUUAUCAGAAAGUGGCAAAGCCGACAAUCUCACCGAAUAUCUCGUAAAGUCAAAUGUCACUUUCAAAUUCAUGGUGAAGAGCUUUGUAAACUGCAAGAAGAUCGUUUUCGCUCUGGUUAAUGGCCCGGCAAUUGGCAUCGGCGCCACCGUUGUGGGGCUCAGCGAUGUCGCUUGGUGUGCCGAAGAGGCAUACUUUCUCACACCCUUCAGCAAGCUGGGCCUCGUACCAGAAGGAGGCUCUUCCUAUAUGCUGCCCAGGAUUCUUGGUCGUUCUAAGGCCUCGGAAAUGCUACUCCUCAACGAGAAGCUAUCGUCCGCCGAGGCGUACAGUUUUAACUUUGUGUCGCGAGUCUACAAGACCGAGGAGCUGGACUCCGUGGUCUGGCCAAAGCUGCGUGAGUUUUCCACUUUGCCACCGAUUUCUCUGAAGGAGGGAAAACGUUUGGUCAGAGAGGGCUUCCUGGAGAACCUCGUGAAAGCUCAUGAGGCUGAGUGCAAGGAGCUAAUCAAUCGUUUUCAUGCAGAGGAGUUCUUACAGGUCAUAAGGAAUUUUGGAAAACGCAAGUCAAAACUCUAAACAAUUUGGUUUUCUUAUAAGUUUAAUGAUUUUAUUGCAAAAGUAAUAAGACCACCCUCCACAAUUUCUA